AACGCCGUUUCAGUCUAAGCCUGGCGCUGGGGCUGCCAAAACAAAGAGCCACAGAGCAGCGCCUAGGUCCAUCAUCUGGCAGUUCUGGGAUGUGAGAUCAAGGUGUCUCCCCGAGGGCUGGUUUCCUCUGAGAACCUUCGAGAGGCAAUGAGGCAGGCAAGAUGCAAGAAUGGUCGCUGUUGUUUGAAGGCAUCCUGAAAAGAGCCAGGCGUGGAGUUGCACACCUGUGAUCCCAACGGGAGAGUGAAGAAGCCAGUCACCAGAAUGAUCCCUGGAGGCUUGACAGAGGCCAGACCUGCCACUCCAGAAAUCCAGGAGAUUGCUGACCAGGUCAGAGCACAGCUUGAAGAGAAAACCAAUGAGAAAUAUGAAAAAUUUGAAGCCGUCGAGUACAAAACUCAAGUCGUCGCUGGAGUCAAUUAUUUCAUUAAGGUGGACGUAGGCGAUGGUCGUUACACGCACUUGAAAGUCUUUCAAGGUCUUUCUGGACAAAAUGAGGGUUUGGAACUUAGUGGUUACCAGACUAACAAAACCAAGGAUGACGAACUGACCUACUUCUAAGCAGCGAACACUAAAGUGACCUGAUUCCUCUCACUGUAAAGAGAUGCGGCCAUCAAUAAAGAAGUGUUCUUC